GAUCAGUCCGGCUUUACGAGCAUCGCCCUCCUGACCCUGGACCUUAUGUACGUUUUAGAUCUAAUCCGUGGGCUAAACUUGUCUGUUUUCCUCCGGCACUGUAAUGGGUACUACUACAUAAGCUCCCCCUCCUCCUCCUUCUUCCUUCCUUCCUCAUCAUUGACUUGAACCUCCAACAGCGAGCCAGAAUGUCGUAUAGCCUCCCAAACCGUGCAUCAAUCCAACCUACUUCCAGCCUUCAAGCUCACUUGGCUACUCUCGAAGUCGAUGGCAUAGCCAUCGUCGGGACCAGCAAUGGGCACAUAUAUCAUUUCCGAGUUUUCAUUUACAACGGCGCGCAAGGCUGCAGUGUCAGCUUCGAUUGUAAUCCUACGUAUGAGGCCAAUGAUCCGGAUAAAGCUCGCGUUACCAUCGACUUCAAGACUUACGCCUGGACCAAAUCCCAAAAUGCCCCUCCUAGUCAAAUUCCCCCGUCCACUGGCGCCUUCGACGUCAAAUUCAAGGCCGCAACGAAGGUGUCGAAUAUCUGCAACGUCGUAUUCAACACUCUCAAGAGAGACCAAUACCGAUUCAAUGGCGGUAUGGGAUGCAGGCACUGGUGUGCUAUCAUCCUCAGCGAUCUGGAGGUGUAUGGCUAUGUUGCGUACGGUACCACCUUGCAGUUCGAGACAUGGGAACAAGCCAAGUGCAGAGAACUUGGCGCAGCCGCUUUCGUCCACCCUCGCGUUCCAGGGAAUUUCUAUAACUGAUUCUGCUCUUCACCAAAAGUCGAAUUUGUAAACCAAAUGAUAUUCGAGA